AUCCGCUCCAGGAUCACCGUCUGCAAGCGGCUCAAACUCAAAUGCGAUAGACGGACACCAUGCAGUUCGUGUCUGAAACGCGACACCGUGACGCGAUGUAUUUAUUCGCAAGCAGCCGCAGAGAAGAUUGACGUUCAGUCUCUACACAACCGCAUUCUCAACCUGGAAGGCACCCUUGCCAAGCUUUCU